AUGAAUAGAGCCAAACGGAGAGAAUAUGUUUACUCACUUGAUCCAAAAAUUGGUUGCUAUAUGUUUUAUUUUACGCAUAAUGAAAAGAAACUUUGUAUUGACGCUACAAAAGAAACAGGAGAUAAAGGACGUUUAGUCAAUCACAGCCGUUUGGUGCCUAAUUUAAAAGCUAAAAUAAUCGAUUUUGGUGAAAAAUAUCCUCAUUUAUGUCUAGUCGCAAUACGUGAAAUACAAAUUGGAGAAGAGCUUUUGUUUGAUUAUGGGGAUCGCACUGCCUUAACUGUUGAGAAGCAUCCUUGGCUUUUAAAUACAUAA